GAGAUCUCAUCACAGUCACCUGACUCUGUACCCCCUGAAGAGAUCUUAUCACAGUCACCUGACUCUGUACCCCCUGAAGAGAUCUUAUCACAGUCACCUGCCUCUGUACCCCCUGAAGAGAUCUCAUCACAGUCACCUGACUCUGUACCCCCUGAAGAGAUCUCAUCACCGUCACCUGACUCUGUACCCCCUGAAGAGAUCUCAUCACCGUCACCUGACUCUGUACCCCCUGAGGAGAUCUCAUCACAGUCAGCUGCCUCUGUACCCCCUGAGGAGAUCUUAUCACAGUCAGCUGCCUCUGUACCCCCUGAAGAGAUCUCAUCACAGUCAGCUGCCUCUGUACCCCCUGAGGGAGCUCCACUGGGUCCAGGCUGGCCAGACUCUGCAGACGAUCUAGACGAAGUCCCUCCCCUUCUCUCCGAAACCCCGCCUCCCGGAAUCUUUAAUAUGUCAGAAACCCCGCCCCCCGGAACCUUUAAAAGUUCAGAAAAGGUGCCUCAUGGAAUGUUCAGAAAUCCCAAAACCACAGAAUCUGGAACAUUUGGAAAUCCCAAAACCCCGCCCUCCAGAAUCUACACAUCAGCAACCCCGCCCCUGACAACCGGACUGCCCCCGACUUCUGUCACUAUGGCAACCAGCCUGAUGUGGCCACCCGCCGAGGCUGGGCUGGAUGAUCUGGAAAAACUGGAGUCUGAAGAGGAGCACGAAGAUAAUAUCGAUGAGGAUGAAGAUGAGGAGGAGGAAGAGGAGGAGAAGGAGGAGUCCCCGGACUCUGAUGAAGCUGAGAGCGUCCCUCCUCUCGCUCGGGAGCCACAGAGAGACGGUCGCCAAGAGGCUCACCCGUGUUUGGCACCACGAAACCAGGGGCUGGUGAGAAGCUGGGUGGAGACAGUUCGAGAUAAGGCUGGCUAUGUCUUGGGGAUGCUGGCUCCAGUGGGGAUCGGUAUCGUUGGAGCUCUGUUCAUCCUCGGCGCUCUCUACAGCAUCAAGAUUAUGCACCGCAAGAGGAGGAGUGGCUUCAAGAGGCAGCGACGGAAGCACGGGGAGAUGAGCAACAGGCAGGACCGCGUGAUGCUAUUGGCCGACAGCUCAGAGGACGAGUUCUAAUCCCUCCCACAACCCCGCCCCCUCCAGCAAUAAGCACCUCCCCAUGUCUUGUCAGUGCCCCACCCCCUCGGAGGCAGCUCUCGUCUUCAUGACAUCAUCGAGAGAGCGCUGUGUUCAUCUUCACAAGAUACUGCAAUCCCUCCUUCCUCUCAAACUGGGGUCAGAGAGAGGGAGGAAGGAGACAAAGAGAGGAGUGAGACUGAACUAGGGAUGAGAGGUGGGAGUGAGACAGAGAAUGAGGG